AGCAAAAGCUGACUCUUCUUCUAACUUUCUAUUUCUUCCAAGAAUAACAAACUUUUUUCUCAUAAGAAACAAAACAAGAAUUCUACAAAACUUCUCAUUAAACCUCUGUUUUCUUGUUUCUCUUCUGCUCUGUAUUUUCGAUAAUUCUCUCUGUUUUGUAUCCUUUCUUAUUUUCUGUGAAUCUGUUUUUUUAUGGAAAUUUAAUUCAAAGGCUUAUUAGAGGAAGAAAGAAAGAAAAAGAAAAAAAAACCCACUGGAGCUAUGGCUGUUGAAGAUAACAAGAACAGUGAAAGCAAAAAUCAUCAAGAGGUAGAGCUUCAUAGGAACGACUUAGGCCUCGAAGAUUCAUCAUCGCCAAGAGGUGUUCUCGGAAUGGUUUCAGAUUCCGACAACAGCAGCAGUAGUUGCAGCUCUUGUUCCUCUGAUGAUAAAUCAUCAUCAACAUCGUCACCAUUUUCAAAUACUACUAAAACCGUUUCGUCUUCUCACCAUGGUCUUCAAUGGAACAAAAUGAUUGAAUCUAUCAAGAAGAAGUCCAUGAGACGAUUCUCUGUCAUUCCUCUUCUUGCAAGUUACGAACUCACCCGUAAAAACUUGCGUCGUAAGCAACCUAAGCUAACUCCCUCUGAGAGUGCUUUCACCUGUGAAGCCUUCUUUAUGGCUAAACCCUCUUGGAGAAACUUCACUUACGAAGAGCUCGCUGUAGCCACCGAUUAUUUCAAUCCUGAGAACAUGAUUGGUAAGGGAGGACAUGCGGAGGUAUACAAAGGGGUUUUGAUUAAUGGUGAGACGGUGGCGAUUAAGAAGCUGAUGAGUCACGCCAAGGAAGAAGAAGAAAGAGUGAGCGAUUUCCUUUCAGAGCUCGGUAUAAUCGCACAUGUAAACCACCCAAACGCAGCUAGGCUUCGCGGUUUCAGCAGUGAUCGCGGUUUGCAUUUUGUUCUUGAGUACGCUCCCUAUGGCAGCCUCGCUUCUAUGCUUUUUGGAUCAGAGGAAUGUCUAGAGUGGAAGAUAAGGUAUAAAGUGGCUCUAGGUAUAGCUGAUGGUCUGAGUUAUCUUCAUAAUGCUUGUCCAAGAAGGAUCAUUCACCGUGACAUCAAAGCUUCUAACAUAUUGCUCAACCACGAUUACGAAGCUCAGAUUUCAGAUUUCGGACUUGCAAAAUGGCUCCCAGAGAACUGGCCUCACCAUGUUGUAUUCCCCAUUGAAGGAACAUUCGGAUAUCUAGCUCCAGAGUAUUUCAUGCACGGCAUUGUUGAUGAGAAGAUUGAUGUGUUUGCCUUUGGAGUAUUGCUUCUAGAGAUCAUAACCAGUCGCCGAGCUGUUGAUACAGCAAGCAGGCAGAGCAUUGUUGCAUGGGCAAAACCUUUUCUUGAGAAAAAUAGCAUGGAGGACAUUGUGGAUCCUCGGCUAGGAAAUAUGUUUAAUCCAACAGAGAUGCAACGAGUGAUGCUAACAGCUUCAAUGUGUGUACAUCAUAUUGCCGCAAUGCGACCUGACAUGACUCGGUUGGUGCAGCUGUUACGUGGAGAAGACGGACCAGCUGAGCUACAGCAGAAGGCAGGUGAAAGAACAAUGAGCGUGAACGCUUGUGAUCUACAAGAUCACACCUCUUCCUCAUACCUCAACGAACUCCGCCGCCAUAGGCAACUCUUAAUGGAGUGAGUAGAAGCAAUAACAUCAACUUAAAGAACUGUUUAUCAACCUCUUUCUUUUUAGAUUUUUAUUUUCUUGACUUGAGUUUUGCUUGUUAUUCUCCAUUGGUUGCUUUUUUUUCUUGUCCAACCAAACUGUGAAUAUCUUCAACUUGUGUCUCUCUGUUGCUUCUACUGAACUUUGUUAGUCUCAACCUCUCGGUAGAGUUGUCAAUUUGUUACCAAUGAGCUCACAAGUAGAUAGAUAUCAAACAAAUAGCAACACAGAACUUUCUGAAGAUAAUUUUUUCAUAAAUGGAAACAGAGUACACUGCGGAUAAGCUGAUAGCCUUAUACAUACAAGAUACAAAAGAAACCAUCCCCCCUAAUUCCCAAAAACUACCAUUUUUCUCCACCGAGUUUAGGUUUAAUACAUUCUUCCACAUUUCCAACCCCCAACUACUCCUGCCUAAACAACAACAGUUAAUCAAAAACAAAAGUGAGAUUUUUAAGAUUCUUCUAGUCAGCUUAUGUGUUAGCCAGAAUCAAGAAGUUGUGUCUCUUAUAACGAUAAAAACUUGACUCAAUCAACUUAUAUGAUUGGUUUUAGUAAGACUGAUUAGGCCAGAGGAAGAACUCAGCCGGAUUUGGUGCCAUAAGUCCCAUUGUUCCCUGAACGUUGGAGUUGUUGUUAGACCCGGUCGAGUCAGAAGCUGCAUUCGCCGGAAAAUGCUGGAAGAAGUUC